GUCGACUCAACUUACGAUACUCUUUGAUCUUGCACCUCAGCUGCAGUGUGAGCUCCCGUCGACGCGACUCUUUGCCAUCCGCAAUGUUCGCCCGUUGUUGCAGAACCUGCCAGUCCAUGGCGCCCUCGACCUCAUCUUCGCCACCGCGCGCAUCCUCUCGGUCGACCUCGUCAAGCUGCAGUUCCAGAUCGCGGAGCUCCACCUGCAAAUACAGCAAGUUCCGCGCUGCCAGUCUUUCAUAGCGCCGAUAAAUGGAGGAACUGUGCUCUUUGUCGUCGGCUAUGAACUUUGCGACGUCUGCGAACCCGAUGGCUUCUUCACACACCUUUCCAGUCUCCUCGUCUCGAGGCAUGCAUUGGAUUAUGAACACGAACUAUAGGAGGCAAGGCUCGAUUUGAAGGCAAGCUUCAAAUACUUCCUCGCUGCCUGAGGAGGGACCAGGCUGACGAUGCCUUUCGAACUAGCGCUCAGAGCAAUUGGCCUUGACCGGUGUCCAGGAUGCCUAGAGCAUGAGGCGGCUGGGCAGGCCAAUAACAGUCGCAUUACCAGGUGCAAGUUGCCCCCAUCGCCUUUUACGAGGCGCAGCAGCCAGGCAACGAAGGCAUUGGAGCCUCAUGGAAGAUAAUUUCAACCUCCAUCCACAGCAGAUACUCUUCUUUUCCUCCAAACCCACCUUGGAAAAUAACCCGAAUACCAGAUGGGUGGGAGGUGCCGCAAUCCCCGUUCGUGUAUUUGCGCUAGCAGAUGGUGGUAUUGCGAUCAGUGCUGCAACAUAAACAACCCGGCGCUCUGUGCAGGGAGAUGCACUGUUUGCGGAGUAAAACAGCCUCCUUUUGUAAGGGGCGCGAAGGUCCGCCCCGAUCCAGGGAGUGUUAAUCACACCCCAGCGAAUAAAUCUGGACAUUCACACUUGUCAGACGCUACUAACCCUUCCAUACCGGAUUUUGAAGCCCACCAUCUGUCUUUGAGGACUCUCAAACCAUCUCGACCACUUUUCGGCGCCACAGAUGAUGCGUUUGACGUCCUUGCUGAGUCUCGACCCGAUGCUGAUGGAUUGGAGCCUCAUAGUAUCUUUGUCCGACCCGGCAAGUUACUGUAUCUCGACAUCAUGAUCAACGGCUUGAGAUUCAGCUCCGUUCCAGAUUCGGGCUCCCAUAUCAACGCUAUACCUCUAUCGACUUUCAAGCAGCUUGAACAGGCAAGCAAGAGAGGCAGAGCCAAGAGCAGUUCCGUCAGUGCAAAUGACGAGUUUUCAGUCAUCAGCGUGGGUAACGACACUUCCGCCGGUGCCCUGUUUCAGGUGCAGCUGGUUUGCUGCAUUCCAAGUGUAGAUCUUGUACCUGAAAUAAAAAUCUCCCCGGUCUUCUUUCACGUCUUCGAAAGACUAGCCACUGGGGUUUCGGCAAUCGUCGGAUUGGAGUUCUUGCGACAGACAAACGUAUUGACGAACCAGGAUUUCAGACUGAGGGAGAGGUCUAGGGCACCAGCGCACACCCCCCAAUGCCUGAGUAUAGGGAAACAUCAGCCAUCAAACCUGCGCUUUCAUGUUCUUCUCAAUGGAAAGGAAUUUCUCGCAUUACCCGAUACUGGCUCUGAGAUUAGUCUGAUCCACCGCGCUUGCGCCCUUCAACAUGGUUUUCCAAUCUGUGCCUUAGACGUGGAUGAUGAUGAGAACCAUGCUGUGGAAUUCGCCAACGGAGAGAUUCAAGGCAUCUCUGGAAAGGUGCUUGCAAUAUUGGCAUUGAGCGCCCCUGCCUCCGUGGAACCAACCUCAUUCGAUUGCGGCGUUGUUGAUCCGAGAGAUUUGUCGACGACACAGAUAUCUGAAGCGGAUGUCGCCCGCCUAGGAACAUUCUAUGUUCUGGAUCAAUUGGCACAUGAGGUGAUCCUGGGUCAGAGAGUGCUCCAUGCAAUGGACGCAUGGAACAGGCACAAGUCUGCCUUCAUAUCCAUCAAGCCUUCUGAUGCCAAACAGGACUUGUGCACCAUCUUUAGUAGGAAAAGAAAAAGGAAAGGCGAAGACACAAGAUCACAGUGUUUGCAACGCGAGGCUGUUCGCAAACGUAACGUCGAAUUGCAGCGCGAGCAGCUCAACAGGGAUCUUGCUCGCGCGGACAAAGAUGCUGCAAGACAAGCCUUGCAGCAGAAAUUGAGGGAGUUGAAUCGUCAAGACCAAGUCGACCGAAACAAGCACGAAGAGGCAUUGAACGGAUUCACAACCUGACAUUAUUGAUUCCUGUCCCUUCGAAUACCGAGUCUCAACUCCUUGACUCUGGACAAAGAUUUAAGCGAUAUUCCCAGGCUCGAUCAUAUCCUCCAAUCUUGACAAGUCCGCAAAGCUGGGCUAGAGAACAGUCGUGUAUUUCAGUGCUGCACCAACACAACUCCAGUGUACAUGGUGGGUAGGAUUUUCGUUCACGAGAAUUCAAGGUAUAUACCUGGUAUUCGGAGACGGCAUCUUUUUCAGCCUUGCCCUACUUGUAUAGGUGUAAUUCAACCUC